AUGGGCGUAUCGCUUCCCUCGUCCCAUUCCCGCACCACACCGGGGAGGUUUGCCUCAGGCUACAGCACAGGUGUCGUGAUGCCUCAAAACGGUAUGAACUAUGACGGUAGAAGAGGAGGAACGCGUCACAGCACCUGCAGAGUCAACAGUCAGGUCCCGGGCACGGGUGUGGUUAAUGGAGCCGGUGCUCACAAUGGGUGGCCGGCCGCUGCCACUGAGAGCACGGUGAAUGGUGCCGAACCACCGUGCGUGGUUAAUGGUGACGUUAACCAUUGGUACAAGGGCAAGAGCAAAAAGGCAGCGCCCCCAAGGACACUCGGGAAACAGCAAGGCACCGCUUCAGCCGUCACUGAGGCCUCAGCAGCUGGCGGGGUCCGCAGUGCGGCCAGUCCCGGUGAAAUCUCGGUGAAGGGGGACGCUGCCGCCUCGCCCUGUAGUUCUGAACGAAUCGCACCACAAAUCAUCCUGUCGGCAACGGCCAAGAACCAGAGGAGAAGGGAGAGAGUCAAACCUAGGAAGAGAAACACGGCAGUCUUCUGUCUAGAGAAGCCUCCACUCCCACUGAUGCCACCGCGAGAGGAGGAGGACUGGGAAAAGGAGAUCACGGAGGUCACUCUGAUUGACUGGGAAAAGAACUGUUACGGCGUCGAACCCUACGGUCCACAAGAUGUGAUCCACUUUGCUUUCCGGGAUUCGACUCUUCAGCAAACGGACACUGUCGACCUGCCGGUGACGGCCGCUUACAGCCCGGCCGCGCACCACCAGCACCCCGUCCAGUGGCGCUGCUACGGCACCCCCACCGAGCGAGACCAGUUCGCGGAUGCCGACGAGUAAGCCAGACGUAUUGCCGUGUGAUAGGUUUGGUAGAAAUCGGUGUUCGCGUGCCCCAAAAAAAAAGAAGCCGAGGAGUUCCGCUGCGAAUCUAGUUCGCCCGCGUCGGCAUUGUGCAGAUUUGGGGAUCCUGCUUAGAAUAUUAGUUUGGUCAGGAUCUGUCUUAUUUUACCUCAUUUGAAACAUUAGUGUACGAAUAUUAAAUGUUCUCUUUAGAUUAGUAUCUAUGCAAAGCUUCAAAAUCAAAUAUUAAUGCUGUCGUAGGUUUUGCAGGGUGGCACUUAGGUUGCGUUCAGGUUAUUUUUUUUUAAAUGUAGCUUUUAUUUUAUGUUUUAUAUUCAGAUUUCAUAUUGCAACGUAUUCAUUUGUUAGGCUGUUGUGAUCUUAAGGAAUGCUUUUUGAUAAACUGCCAUACUUUGCUGUUGUACCGCUUCAGUGUUGUUACUGAAGAGGGUCCUGCAUUUACUGUUCUUUACACGUCUUCAUCAUUUUCGCUAGAAUUCCAAGAACUGAAGUAAUAGUUUAUGUACAUGUUUUUCCUGCAUUUUAAAAUGCAUGAAGUAGGAGCACUGUUUCCAUAGUUGGUUAUCAAUUUCUAUUGUUUAUCGAAUUUGCACGUUCACAACAAGUACAUGAAGCAACAAUUUUAAUUUGGGGACAGCCAAGCGGACUGAUUUAUUAUUGACAACAACAAAUCGUGAUAUCUGAUCUUCCAGACUUUCAUUUCUCACAACCGCAAUAAAUCAAAUUUCCCUUCUACCCUUUUUUUAUUUUUUGUGGUCAAAGCGUGCAUGUUUAUAGUUUACAUCCCACUGCUUUUCAUUUGGUGGCACAUUUUAGAAGCGAUGACGGCUCUUGGCCACUAGAUGGGAGAGCCGCUGUGAGAUGAAGCUUCCUCUCAG